AUGGAGUAUAUGGGACAUACACAAACCGCAACCUACAUGACAGGUCCGCGCCAACUCACUCAAGCCAGUCUACCAUCCAUCAUGCAGUCAUCUUACAAACCUUUUGAUACCUACCCUGCACCCUCACCUCUCAGAAGAUCUCUCACCACUCUUCCAUGGAGGCCAAGUACCUAUUACCAAACAGCACAAGUAAAUCCAGCCACUGCAUUGACAAAGAGUAUGAAUGCACCCCUAUCGGCCCGUAACGAACUCACUCAGUUGGACAGCAUUACUGUUCCACCUGUGUUUGCUGCUUCUCGAAACGCUCUGUACACCAGAUACACACCCAAUGAUUGGUCCAGCUCCAACCAAACCAAUUAUAUGUCAUCUGAUAAAGUUCGAAGUGGUGCUGAAAGGAUCCGAUUGGAUACAGUCCGUUUGUGCCGUGAAACCGACGAUAAGACCAGAAGAACCCAAUCUGAUGUUGGGAAGAAGCUUGGUGAAAGGAUUGGUGAUAUAUCUUUCUGGAAAACUGAACUCAAUCACGAAACAGAUAAUAUGAUUGCUGAAACUAAUGCCUUGAAUGAAGCUAAGAGAGUUUUAGAGAAGGCCUUGGCUGAAACUGAAAAUCCCCUACACACCGCUCAAGAGUGUCUUUACCAUCGAGAGAAGAGGCAGGGAAUCGAUUUGGUUCAUGAUGCCCCAGAAAAAGAACUUAUUAGGGAAGUGGAUGUUAUAAAGAGAUGUCAAGAUAAAAUGAGAGAUAUUGUUGAUAAAUCCAAUGUACAGCUAGGAUUAAACCGAGCUGCUCAACAUGAAUUAGAGAAAGAUUCUGGAGAUAAAUUCACAGCUCAGACCUUAGAUGAAACCUGUCAUGGUAUGAGAAAUGCAUCAAGAGGUUUGAAUUUCCAUAAUGGUGUUCAUAGAAUUGAUAACACUGUUUCCGUGCCUGAAUCCUGGGCUAAAUUUACCAACGACAAUAUCCAGCGAUCUCAGAGUGAACGAGCUGCCUCUAAACAUAUGAGGAAUGAAAUCGAAAGUGUCCUUAACGCUUGUGCCAACGAAAUGUGGCAAGAAUGGAACGCUGUCAACGUUGCCCUCACCGGCAGAAUGCAAGACACCACAGAUGCCAGAAACAAACUUCAAACCCAUCUCUCCAAGGUUCUUCAAGAAAUCUUUGAUAUGGAGAAAAAUAUUGAAUUACUUAAGAAAGCUAUUCAAGAUAAGGUACCGCCAAUGCAAGUCGCUCAAACUCGCCUUGAUACCAGAAUUAGGAGACCAAAUGUUGAAUUAUGCCGAGAUCCAGUACAACACAGGUUGGUAUCCGAGGUGUCUGAAAUCAGUGAAACAGUUGAUGCUCUUCAAGCCAAACUUCGUCAUUCUGAGAACACAUUACAAGAACUCCUCAGAACCAAAUCAGCUUUGGAACAUGAUCUGUCCAUCAAGAACAACAGCUUAUUUAUCGAUCGUGAAAAAUGUUUGGGUAUGAGGAAGACCUUCCCAAUGGUCCCAAGAGUUGCUGCAUUAUAA